AUGUUACUAUAUAUUUCGGUUGCAUUAUAUGCUCCUGCAUUAGCGCUUUCGUCAAUUGCAACAGUGCCGCUCAGUUUUUCAAUACUGCUUACCGCAGGCCUUUCAGCACUUUACGUUUCUGUGGGUGGUGCUAAAGCUGGUAUUUAUACUUCCUCUCUACAAAUGGCACUCAUUUUCGUAAGUAUUUUUCGAAUAGAUCCACGUAUUCGACACUCAGUAUGGUCACUACUGAUUGGCGGUACUGGUAACAUACUGAGUUUGUACGCAGUUAAUCAACUCAGCAUCCAACGUUACAUGGUGAUGCCCACAUUAAAAUCUGCUAAAUGGGUUGUUCUACUGAACGCUCCAUUCAAUGGUUUAAUAUUAGCGAUUUAUAUUGCCAUUGGUUUAAUUCUCUACCAUGAAUAUCAAUUCUGUGAUCCAGUUAUGUUGGCACGCGAUCGUUUAUUUCCGCAUUUCAUAGUUGAACGAAUGUACGUUAUUCCUGGUUUAAUUGGACUGUUCUUGGCUGCUGUCUAUAGUGCUGGACUUAGUACACUUUCUGGGUCGUAUAGCGCACUUGGAACCGUUGUGAUUGAAGAUGUUAUUAAGCAGUAUAUGAGAAAAAAGUGUAAUGGUAGAGAGCUCAAAAAUGAGCAUGUUAUCAUUCUUGCUAGGAUUUUCCCUCUUGUUUUUUGUGUGCUGUCGAUUGCAAUCGCAUAUUUUUGUAGUGUUAUGGAAACAAUGAUGCUACAGAUAUGCCUAUCAAUUUUCGGUGUGGCUGGUGGUCCAGUGCUAAGUGUCUUUUGUCUUGGAAUGUUUUUUCCACACAUCAAAGGAACUGCGGCUUUUGUUGGACAACUUGCGGCGACGCUCUUCGGAUUUUUUAUCGCUGGUGGCGCGAUUGCAAGUCAUGUACGAGCAGUGCCUUUACCAGUGGAUCGUUCAUGUAAUGCCACCGAAAUGAUUUAUUUCAAUCCAUCCAAUUCAACCUAUGGCCUGGUUUAUCCACUUGACAGUGAUUCCUGGUUAGUGCAGCUCUUCCGUAUGUCCUACCAAUACUAUAGCAUUGCCGCAUUGAUUGUCGCUGUUAUUGUGGCACAUUUAACUCAGCUAUUCACAAGUAGGUUUGAUAUAAUUUCUGGUACUUCUUUAUUUUUAGAGAAAAUUCGCUUUGNUUUAGGUGGAGACAAACACAAAAACGAUCCACCUGUGGACAGUGAUCUAUUGUCUAGAUUGAUUACGAUGCGACGCAGACAAGCAAAGCACGUAAGUUGA